GAACACUUCGGUGUCAGCAUUUGCCACAAGGCGAGCGAGGCGCUACGAAUUGACACCCAACUUCCAGCUGUGUUGUCCUUUAACUUUGCUACGAAGAACAAACCGCAAAAGGUUAUGUAUGCGAAGCCUCUGUCUGCAGCUCUGCUGUUUGCAACACAGGAUGUGCUGCCGAGCUAGAGUGGAGGAGUCUUGCAGAUGUGAGUCUCUGUCUGGUUCCUACCCCGUGACACAGCCCUGACUGACUCCAGUUGCCCCUCGGACGCCGCGGACGUGUUGGCUGCUGAGAUGCGAGGUGGCCUGUGAGAGCGAGCACUCGGACUAUUGUAGAUGUUGUCCAGCGUGAAGGGUGGACCAACUUCCUAUCUGAGCGAGAAGUUGCAAACUGAGGGUAGUUUCGCCGGCUGGAGAGGAUUCAGGUGCCUUGAUUUGUCGGAUGCGAGUGGGGGCUGUUCGGAGCCUUGGAGGAGAGCGGAGGCCGGGGUGAAGGAAAGUUUGAUCAUUCCAUUUGAAUACCAUCAUUAGCUGCGGAUUUGGAGAUAUUUGAAGAGUCGAUACUAAUUUUGCUGUGAAAGAUUGUGAAGACUUGUGCAACUCUGCACAUGACCUGUUGUGCAUUGAAGACAUAAUGAGCUCCAUAAAAUGCGUUCUUGUUGGCGAUGUAAAGGUGGGAAAAACAUCAUUGCUGGUGAGGUUUACCUCAGAGACUUAUCCAGACAUGUACAAGCCCACGGUUUAUGAUAACACUGGAGUAGAUGUGUUUAUGGAUGGUACUCAGAUCAGCCUGGGACUCUGGGACACCUCAGGAAAUGAUUCGUUUCAAGGAAUUCGCCCUCUUUCUUACCAGCAGGCUGACGUGGUGUUAAUUUGCUAUUCUGUGGCAAACCCUAUGUCAUACUUGAACGUUCGGACUAAAUGGUUGCCGGAAGUCAGAAACUUUUUGCCCAAGAUUCCGAUUUUGGUGGUUGCCACGCAAAUAGAUCAACGAGACGUGGGUAAUUUUCGCACCAUCCCAGCUGUUGAUGGGAAGAGACUGGCAAAAGAGAUUAGAGCACAACAUUACCUGGAGUGUUCUGCAAUUACGAAUAGAGGGGUGCAAGAAGUGUUUGAAUGCGGAGUGAGGACUGCCGUUAGAUACCUAAAAAAACAAAGCAGGAAGAAGUUCAUCGACCUCAAUAACUGUGUGAUAGCUUGAUGUCUACUGUUUGACUGGUUCAAUAAUUUAAAUCAUUUCACUGUUCAAUCUUCCAACAAUUGCUAAAGAAGGUAUCAUCUAAAUACAUUUAAGAUGACUACGUUAGUCAUGGCAUCUGGACCUUGUAUACCUCGUGCUGUUGGAUCCUUAUCAGUGUGCCUCUGGUUCAUUUCUAUUGGAGUAACGGAGUCCACUAGCAACGCUAACAAAAACAUAUCUGAGAGGAACUAAAUUCAGGUUUGACGGACAAUUUUGUGUUUAAUCACUAUGGAAAGACGGCUGCCAAUCUUGUUUUGUGCUAUAAACUGCACUGAGAUGUAAAUGCACACCGCAUCAUCCAUUAAGGUUGAAAGGAAGCACUGAUAAGUUGCAUGCCAGCAGUCAAAUUUCUGGACCAUUGAUCCAAGGGUUUGAUCUCAAAUUUCACCACGCCACGUGGGGAAUUUAAAGUCAAGUUACAAAGUAAAACUCUGGAAAUAGUGAAUGACGGUGACAGUAAAACUACUGUAUUGUCAUUAAAAACUCAUCUGGUUCACUAAUGCCUAUCAGGGAUAGGAAUCUGCCAUCCAGAUCCAUCAACGUGGUGGCUUUGAUUCAAGGACGAUAAGGGAUGGACAAUACAUGUCAGAACUGUCAGUGAUAUUCGCAACAUGUGAAGUUACCUACAAAAAUAAUUUACAUAAAACUAUACUCUGUAUUUACUAUACUUGUUAACAGCUCAUUUUUAUUGACUGUAAUAUUUAAUAUGUAAGUUUAUAAUUAUUUUCAUCUAAUGUCGCUGAUCUUUAAAAAAACAUACACUUACUGGUUUAACAUACAUUUCUGUAAUAUUCUAUCAGUUUACAGAACAAGCAUGAAUAAACUAAUUGAUUUUA